AUGAAGCUUCCAUUCCUGGCCACGCUGGCACUGGCUAGCCUUACAGCAGCCGUGUAUCUUGAAGAACAAUCUGCCCUCUCGUCGAACCUAGACAAGGACCUAAACCACCUCAUCGACUCCUCGCCCUUCCUCUCCCUCCACCGAGACCUCGUCUCAACCCCCUCCGUUUCCGGCAACGAGUUCGCCGUCGGCGGCUUUCUUGCCUCAUACCUUGAAUCUAAGGACUUUACCGUAAUCAAGCAGCCCGUCCCUGGCCACACAUCCCGCUUCAACGUCUUCGCAUACACCUCCUCAGCGAAGCCCCAAAUCCUACUGACAAGCCACAUCGAUACCGUCCCACCAUUCAUCCCCUACUCCGUCUACAAGGACAAUGAUUCUGACGACGUUGUGAUAACCGGCCGCGGCUGCGACGACGCAAAGGGCAGUGUCGCCGCACAAGUCUUCGCGGCUCUCGAGACCCUCUCCGAACACCCCAACGCACCGCUCGGCCUCCUCUUCGUCGUCGACGAGGAAGUCGGCGGCGCAGGCAUGCGCGCCUUUUCAUCAAACACAACUCUCAACCCACCGCCCGGUUCCCCGUCCGAUAUCGUUGGCGACGGCUACGGCACCGUCAUCUUUGGCGAGCCGACUGAGCUUGCCCUGGUCGCAGGCCACAAGGGUAUGCUAGGCUUCCAAGUACACGUCACAGGCAAAUCCUCGCACUCGGGAUACCCAUGGCUCGGCGAGAGCGCGCUAAGCGACAUCCUCCCCGCCCUUUCGGUAGUCGACAAGCUAGGCGAUACCCCCGUGGAAGACGGCGGCCUUCCUGCGAGUGAAAAGUAUGGCCGGACGACGGUGAACAUUGGCCGUGUGGAAGCCGGCGUCGCAGCGAACGUUGUCCCAGCUACAGCGUUUGCGGAAGUUGCGGUGCGUCUUGCAGCGGGGACACCCGAGGAUGCGAUGGACAUCAUUUCACGCGCUGUGAGAAAUGCUACCGGGGAUAACCCGCAUGUCGUCGUUACGUUCUCUGAGGGUCCGAACGGAGGCGUGGGCGGAUAUGCGCCGCAGGAUCUGGAUACUGACGUUGAUGGGUUCAACGUGACGACUGUAAACUACGGGACUGAUGUGCCGAAUCUCAGGGUCUACGAGGGGAGCCAGGUAAAGCGGUAUCUAUAUGGGCCGGGAAGUAUCUUUGUCGCUCAUGGUGAUCACGAGGCGAUCACGGUUUCCCAGUUGGAGGAGGCUGUAAGGGGAUAUAGGAGGUUGAUUGAUGCUGCUUUGGAGCGUCUAUGA